UGUGUGCCGUUUGAUUUCAUUUUCUCAUUGAAUUCUUCAUUUCUUGCCAAAACUUUAGAUGAUUGCCGAGUGAUUCAGUUCAAAGCAGGAACGAAAAACAAGAUCUUAACAAAACACGUCAUAAGAAGUGAACAAACAAAGGACAAGAAUAUCUGCGGGUUUAAAUGCUACUUUGAACCAAACUGUGUGUCCUAUAACUAUGGUCCACUGGGAGAUGGAACAUUCACAUGCCAGCUAAGCAACAGAACUCAUUUGCAAGUCUCUCCCAGUUACUUCGAAUAUAGGAACGGCUCUUUAUACAGAUCAAUCAUUGUAAGUAAAUAACAAUAUCAAUUUUACCAGGGUGAUCGUUCCGCGAGCGAGAAACCUCUGUUUCAAGUUGAUCCGCCUCGUUUAUUUAUUUACCCACUUUAUUAUUUAUCCCUCUAAAUAUUCAAUUUAUUUAAUUACUCAUCUAAGCUUUAUCUAUCUAAUUACUUGAUUCAUCUUUUGCAUUUUAGAAUUCCUGUGAGAGCAAUCCGUGUGUUAGUAACUCUACAUGUCAGGCGGGGUUUGGUAGUCAUGGUUACCGCUGUAUUUGUUCUGACGGAUAUGAAGGAGAGCUUUGCCAAAGAGGUGAGAAAGGAAACUCUCGCGGUAGCAGGUCUUUAUCUCCCAGGUUCAUAGUUAAAGUCACGCAAUAAAGCUGCAAGUAAAGUAGCCUCUCAGCAAGGAAAGUUUUGAAUCCUCAUCUGUUUAAUCAAUACAGCCUUAAUAUCUGCAUCAAAGGAUAUCUCCUCUAUAAGGCAAGGGGCAAGUUAGAUUUGUUCAGUAUGUACUCUCUCAAAUGCUAGACGUUGUCAGAAGGAUUGAAACUCCAGAGUUGCGACAACUGGAGACGUCGUUAUAAGAUUUUCUUCUGCAGCAAUAACCGAGAGGUGAUAUCAAAGUAUUGCUGUCGUGAUGUGAUAAAUCAUAGAUAAUAGAUCUUAAAGAAAACGAGAAAGUAAGAGAAUAUCGGAAUAGGAAUGGGUGAUAUGAAGGGAAAACUGCCUCAUGUUGUCAAUUGUAGAUAUUUGAUGUAAGGGCAAGAACAGAAAUGAAACAAAUAAAAGUAUAAGUUUCGUGCUGAAAAGCCAAUAGCUGAAAUUGGGAAAAACUGACAGAAAUAAUUGAUUAAUACGAUGGAGAUGCACUUUAGAUGAAAAGAUCUAUUUCAAAAUAAGGAAUAUGGUUUUUUCAUCUUCUUUUAAUCUUAAAUAGAUAUUGACGAAUGUGUCUAAGGCAAGGUGAAGUGUUCCUCUGAUGGCAGUUGUGUUAAUGUUAUGGGCUUAUACAUCUUACUUCUCCGUCUCUUGUAACUCGUGUGUAGAUACUGAUGAGUGUACAUCGAGUAAACACGAUUGUUCCUCUGACGGCGACUGUGUUAAUGUCGUGGGUUCCUAUCAGUGCUCUUGCAAGCCUGGAUUUACUGGCGAUGGUAAAAUUUGCCAAGGUAACAUUUAUUUUAUAUAAAAGUGCAAAGCUAUUGAUUACCCUCUUCACCAGUCUUGCAAGACAGAAAUAACUGAUGUGAUUCGCAGGGUCAAUUGUCCUUAAAAUUACUGCUAAAAAAGGGUUUUACAUGUUAAUGUAACAGAGAAGGCUGCCUCCACAUCAUAAUCAGCAAAAUUGCUUUUUUAAGCAUAUUUAAAAUAUACAGAACGAUGCCGAACUUCUGGCAAACCCGUGAAUUCACAAUCUCAGCACGUUACACUUUUCAGUAGAUUCUGGGAAACGCCAAAAAAACAACCCCACCUCUUCUGAUAAUUUCCCUACACCUUGAUUAGUCUCAUAUUCCAUUUCUACUUAGAUAUCGAUGAGUGUAACGAUGGAAGCCAUGACUGUCACUUUGCGGCCGAUUGUACAAACACUGCUGGAUCAUUCGACUGUAGCUGUCAGUCUGGACACCUUGGAGAUGGACGGCACUUUUGCUCAGGUAUAUCUUGAUCUUUAACUCAAAACAAACAAAUGUGAGUGAGUAGAGUGGUUUGAACAUAACCAAAGUUAUUUCUUUAAUUACUUUCCUCAAAAAAAUCAAUUUAUUUUGCGUUACCGUUUCUAAGACGCGAAAACCUAAGGCUUUCUUUGAAACUUGACAAACAUUUUAACAGAUAACUGGAAAAAGGUCAACAUCGAUCCUGUCUGCUUUGGGACAAAAGAUGAUGACCACGGAACUUUUCAUAUCCAAGAAGCCGGUCAAAUCUACGCAUUUAAACUUGUCCAUACAAGCGGCUCCGUGACAUGCGUAUCCAUUUUAGCAAUAUCAACAAAGUGGGGAUGCUCAUUGCCAAUUUACGGAAAUCACAACCUAAUGACGGUGAUAACUAACAGCAACAAAACAGUUCUCCCGCUUGCUGAGUUCUUGAAAGGCAAUGACAGCACAUAUUAUACUUACCAACUUGACGGUGCCGAUUUCAAUUCCACAACACUAGCGUUUAAGCUCCUCCCCACCCCACUGGUUGUAUCGGUUGGUCAGCAGUUCCAAUUAUGGUAUGCGCAUGACUUGGUUAAUUAUACUGAGUAUAAUAACGAUGGUAAGACAUGCGCGGACGUUUAUGCUCUGUACCAUUUACAUGGUUAA